AAUCACAAAUCACAAUGUCGAAUACAACCAAAAAGAAAAAAAGAAAAAAAGAAAAAGUAAAACGUUUUUGAGUCUGCUUAAGCUUUAAAAUCCAGAUGAAGCUAGAACUCGUAUAUGGUAUAUUCUCUUCGAUGCCUUUUGCUUCGAUUCACCAUGAAAAAGCUCCCACCUUUUUGAACCACCGUCUGUUUCCAUGGAUUCCGUCGCUCUAAUCCUCGCCUCCCCUUUCAGAGGCUCGACCAUUUCCAUUCCCGCUCCGAAUCCCGCGAAUUCCAGAAGAUUCCAGAAACCUCCCGCCUCCGUCAAGAGCUCCCUGAGCCCUAAAAAUCCCAAUUCGAUAUGGGGCAAGGGCGCGUUUGGGAGCGCGCUGAUGAGCGUGACCGCGACGGCGAAGGUGAAGAUAAGCCCCUUCGUGGCGACGCUGGCGGCGAAUCCGACGUUCGUGUCGGCGCUGUGCGCGUGGGCGGCGGCGCAGUCGAUGAAGGUGUUCUUGAAUUUCUGCGUGGAGCGGAGAUGGGAUUUCCGGAUCAUGUUUUCCUGCGGCGGGAUGCCUUCUUCUCACUCUGCAUUGUGCACGGCGCUGACGGCCUCCGUCGCGAUCUGCCACGGCGUCGCCGAUUCCUUGUUCCCGGUUUGUUUGGGGUUCAGUUUGAUUGUGAUGUAUGAUGCUAUCGGCGUCAGGCGACACGCCGGCAUGCAAGCUGAGGUUUUGAAUGUGAUCGUCGCGGACAUGUUCCAAGGGCACCCGAUAAGCCAAAGAAAGCUGAAGGAGCUUCUCGGGCACACCCCGUCCCAGGUGUUUGCCGGAGCUCUCCUAGGCAUCCUCGUAGCGUGGAGGUGUUGUCAGGUCGAAACGUGCAAGAAGUCGAUGUGAGUUUGUUUGAUCAGUACGCGUGCGGUUAGGGUUUUUCGGGCAAAUUUGGCUCGAUAAUAAAGCAGAGACCCAAACACUUGUUAGUUGUUGUAGAGAAAGUGAAAUGUAUUUCUAAGUUCAGAGAUUGGGUAUGUAAGUGGCAUCUGGGUUCUGCUGCUGCUCCUUCCAUAUCCGGCCGGUGACGCGGAGCUUGAGCUCCUUCCGGUCACCUCCGGAGAAAAACAGGGCCAUGUUGCGCUGUACGAUGAGGCCGUCAUGGCUGUCUCGAACCUUCCUGUGAGUGUCCCGUAUGCUCCGGGGAGUCCCCUCCCACGUCAGCUUCCGACCAUUUCCCCCAACCUCCAGGCUGUAGCUGUAGUUCCGAGCCUCCGUCUCGUCCCCCAUGAACCGUAGGAACGCCAUGUACACCGGAGCCGUCCCGAGUUGGAAUGCUUCGAAAUGUAGGCAGAAGUAGUGACCAAAGCAAUGGAAAACCUGCAUCAACCAAAGAGUGAGACAGACUCAUAUCACAUUGAAAGGGUGAGAUUGAACAGAUCUCAGUAAUGAGCAUAGAAAUAGUCAAUCAUGAAAAAUAAACGUCUUGAGGAAGGCGGGAACACAGAAGCACGCACCGUCAGCAUCCACGUGGCGUUCUCCACGUCCCGGGGGUUCGACUUCACGUACCGAUGGUUGAAGGUGCACCCGGAAUGCAUGUCCACUUUGUGUUCGUCUCUCAGGUGAUCGACGAGGAACGGGAUGUCCCCGACAACCGAGCACUCCGAUCCGGCGUAGGGGCAGCCGUAAGGCCGAAAAUCGCAGACCGUUUCGUGCUUCAACUUGCUAUAAUACGGGAAGAUGUCGGGGCAUCCGAGCGAAUAGUAUUUGCACGGGAGUUGGAGCGAUUCAGCAACUUUUUCGAGCGCCAAACAUCUUAUAUCGCCCAGCUCCUGUCUACACGUUGGGCACCUGUUGUGAACCCUAACUUUGCAGGUAGAGCAAAUGGUGUGCCCAUUGUGACACUGCAGUGUAAAAACUUGAUGUUAUAAUCUCUUUUGGCAUCAAAUGAAAUGUAACAAACACAAGUAAUUCACUCAAUUUCCCAAUAUUGAAGGAGUUUGUUCAACAAAUAAUGAAAAAGCUAUUCCAUAGA